UCUCAUAAACCCUACAAAAACAACUGCAUCCUCUUUAAGCUUUAAUUUCUCAAUCUAUUUGGCUCACAAUACAUACAAACAUCACAAUUCAAACAAUUAACUGAAUGUGCUAAUGGAAACCAAAGGUGGGGAAGAAUCCAGUAGUACUAGUAAACCAUCUUUAUUUUAUGAAGCUCCAUUAGGAUACUGCAUUGAAGACAUUCGACCCAACGGAGGAAUCACGAAGUUUAAAUCAGCUGCUUACUCUAACUGUGCUCGCAAACCAUCUAUGGCACAAAUGGUUUCUGCAAUUGGUUUUGAAGGUUAUGAAAAGAGGCUUGAAAUAACGUUUUUUGAGCCUAGUGUGUUUGCUGACCCUCAAGGGAAUGGUCUCCGGGUGCUGUCAAAAGCCCAAUUAGAUGAAAUUCUGACCCCUGCUGAAUGCACCAUAGUCUCGUCGCUUUCAAACGAUUACGUGGACUCGUAUGUGUUAUCCGAGUCUAGUUUAUUUGUAUUCCCAUACAAGAUGGUUAUCAAAACUUGCGGGACUACCAAACUGCUACUGUCAAUCCCAGCCAUUUUGAAACUGGCUGAAUCCGUUUCCCUCUCUGUCCGGUCAGUGAGAUACACUCGUGGUAGUUUUAUCUUCCCUGGUGCUCAAUCCUUCCCACACCGCAGCUUCACCGAAGAAGUUUCGGUGCUGGAUGGUCAUUUUGAAAAGCUUGGAUUGUCCAGUAAGGCUUACGUAAUGGGUGGGUUGGAUAAGCCACAAAAAUGGUUUGUUUAUUCUGCUUCUUCAGCAAGAUCUGUUUCGUCUGCUGAUCAAGUGUACACACUCGAGAUGUGUAUGACUAGUUUGGAUCGUGAGAAAGCAUCCGUGUUUUACAAAACUCAAAACAGCUCGGCUGUAACAAUGACUAAUGAAUCUGGUAUCCGAAUGAUCCUCCCAAAGUCAGACAUAUGCGAUUUUGAAUUCGACCCGUGUGGAUAUUCUAUGAACGCUAUUGAAAAUGGUGCGGUCUCAACCAUUCAUGUUACCCCUGAAGACGGUUUUAGUUAUGCCAGUUUUGAGUCAGUAGGGUAUGAUUUUAAGAACAUGAGCCUCGAGGAGCUGGUCCAACGGGUACUGGCUUGUUUUGAACCGGGUGAGUUUUCCAUUGCCGUUGGUGCAGCCGUUGCAUCCAAGAAACUCGAGAAGACAUGUUCUAUUAAUGUGGAGGGGUACGAUGUGGAAGAGAAGAGUUAUGAAGAGCUGGGACGUGAGGGUUCGAUUGUGUACCAGAAGUUUGUUAAGAAAGACGGUAGCUGUUGUGGUUCGCCUCGAUCAGUUCUGAAAAGUGGGAGCCUGCAGGAAAAUGAAGAAAAGGAAUAUCACUAUUAGUAGCUAAUUAGUAGUAACUGGUUCUUUGAUUACUUGAUUGUUCGUUUUGAUCACAAUUUAGUUCAUAUGAAAUUGAAUAAUAUGAAACCUACGCACCAUUGUGAAGUA